AUGAUUGAGGGUCAGCUGGAGAUUUUCGACUUUCCGGCCCUGAUGCUCGUCGGCGAGAAGAUGCAAAUGUUCGCCGGCCUGCCCCAGCACACACUGCUCGCCCAGAUUGCCAAUGGUGGCGCGCACCAG